AUGGUUGGACGAAUUACAUGCGGCGUGGCAACAUCGGCACAUUUGUUCGAAGUUUCAGCAUGUCAUCCUCAGAAUUUAAUUCAGAUGGGACCAAACGGACAGUUGAUCGGACUACGACAUCGACGAACAGAGGGACAUGCCUUCAGGAUUCUCGGAAUGAACCAACUUCUUCGGAAUAAUAAUGAAACUACUUCAACUAAUUCUGCUCGUCCUACCGAAGAAUUAAUAGUUGAUCCAAUCCACAUUCCUCCACUGGGAAAUAUGAACCAGAAUAACGUACAUUUUGAAGAUGAUUUGUCGGAAUCGUAUGUCGAAGGUGCAUCAUUAGAAAUUGAAAAUGGUUAUCCACUCGUUGCUGAUCUAGAACAACUUCAUUUGGAAAAUGGCUGCAUGUCGAUUAAUGAUAUUAUUCAACCGCGAUCUUUUAAUUCGGAUUCAAUGGAUGACAUUGCGGGUAUGCAGCGAGACUCGCUGGAUGAUUCAAACACGAGAGCUUCGGAACUGCUUGAAAGAAAAGAUGAAACGCUUGGGGUCGUUACAGCGGGAGAAGCUACCGGGCCACUGCAUGAUGUAGCAACUAUCGUUCACAAAGCAUCAUCUUUUCGUGUUUCAGUGAAUAGACGUCUGGUUGAUGCUCAAGGCAAUUAUUUUGAUCGAAGAGAAGCUGGUGAAGUACCAUGUAUGGGCUGGCAAGCAUCAAAAAGCACGUUGAAGGAACGUUUUGCAUUUUUGUAUUGCAACGAAAUUCUUGCUGAUGUUUGGUUUGUUGUUGGCCGUGGCGAACUAACGCAGGCAUGUUUUGGUUACAUUUUAUCAUAUGCUGUAGAAAAUGAUUGGCUUUUUUGUUUUAGAAUUCCUGCACAUAAAUUCAUAUUAAUUAGUGGUUCAGCUGUUUUUGAUGCGAUGUUUAACGGUGGACUAUCGAACUAUGCAAUAGCAUCAGAAACAAGUAGUGCAGAAGGUAGCCAAGAUAUCGACUUGCCUGAUGUCGAGCCUGGAGCUUUCUUGGCUUUGCUCAAAUUUCUUUACACAGACGAUGUUUCUUUUGGACCAGAAAUUGUAAUGACAACUCUCUAUACAGCCAAAAAAUAUGCGGUGCCCGCUAUGGAGCUUGCUUGUGUUGAUUUUUUGAAACGAAAUCUUGGUGCUGACAAUGCUUUUAUGUUGCUAACUCAGGCGCGAUUAUUUGAUGAACCGCAGUUAGCUAACCUUUGUUUAGAUAUAAUUGAUAGAAAUACGAUUGAAGCUUUGAAUGCGGAAGGUUUCACGGAAAUUGAUUUGGAUACACUUUGUGUAGUUUUAAAGCGAAACACUUUGCGAGUUCCUGAAGCGCCAUUGUUUCUCGCAGUACUUCGAUGGAGUGCAGAAGAGUGUCGCCGUCGGUCCUUGACUAUCAAUGCAGAGAAUCAGCGAACAGUGCUUGGAAGAGCUUUACAUAUGAUACGCUUUCCAUUGAUGACAAUUGACGAAUUUGCCCAUCAUGCUGCUCAAACAGGUAUACUAACCGAUCGUGAAUUGGUCAGCCUUUUUCUGUAUUAUACGGUGAAUCCUAAACCACAGAUUGAAUUUGUGGAUGUUCCACGUUGUUGCGUGUUUGGUAAGGAAGUAGUAGUUAGUCGUUUCCAACGUGUUGAAGGGCGCUGGGGAUAUAGCGGUACACCAGAUCGUAUUAAAUUUACUGUUGAUAGAAGGAUCUAUGUUAUUGGCUUCGGUUUGCAUGGAUCUAUUCACGGUCCUAGUGAGUAUCAAGUUACUAUUCAGAUUCUUCAUUGUGGCACGGGGAAAAUUUUGGCAAGUAAUGAUACAUCAUUUUCCUGUGAUGGAUCAUGCGGGACAUUUCGAGUGUUAUUCAAAGACCCCGUGGAAAUCAACCCCUGUGUUACCUAUAUCGCUUCUGCACGUUUGAAAGGUCCCGAUUCUUUUUAUGGCACCAAAGGUUUGCGGCGUAUUGUUCAUCAAUCUCCCUCAACCGGAGUCAUAACUUUUCAGUUUACUUACGCUGCUGGUAAUAAUAAUGGCACAUCUGUCGAAGAUGGCCAAAUUCCAGAAAUCAUAUUCUGCACGAAAAUUAUUUAA